UAUACGUAUUUUUCUCUUUCAUGAAACUGCCAUCUUGUAGUUUGAAAGGAGUUUUUAUUUAUACUUUUAACUAGAAGAUAAAAAAAAUACAAGUUUCACAAAUUGUUAUAUAAGACAUCCAUUUAAACUGUAGUGAUUUUGGAGGGUUGUACUUUAGGUUGAAUUUAUUGAUGUUUCAUUUGAUGAAGUGAGUUACGUCAUUUAGUAAAAUAUUACUUCUUAAUUAGUUCUUGUUUCUUCUUCUAUUCUUGAAUAUUUAUUAUCAAAAUGUCUUCACUGGAGUGGCUACCUGUAGUAUCCGAUCCUGAUGUUAUGAACAGAUUUUUAGAAAAAGUAGGUGUUCCAAAACAGUGGGGAAUAUCGGACAUCGUAUCAUUAGAUGAAGAAUUGCUGAACUCGGUACCAAAGCCUGUAUAUGCUGUACUACUUCUUUUUCCUAUAUCUGAAGAUGAUUAUGAAUAUUGUAUGGAGCAAGAACAAAUAGCAAGAUAUGGACAUCCGGAAUUGGAUAGAGAUAUAUAUUUCAUGCAUCAAACCAUUACUAAUGGAUGUGGUGUUGUAGCUUUGAUUCAUGCUAUAGCUAACAACAUCGAACAUUUAGAUUUACCUUCUGAUUCAAUAAUUAAAAGAUUUAUAGAUGAGACGAGGAGAAUAUCUCCACAAUACAAAGCUGAAGUUUUGAAAACAAAAAGGGAUAUUUGUUUGGCCUUGAAAGGAAGUUAUGAAGAUGGGGAAAGCUUUGGUACCAAAUGUGAAUACCAUUAUAUAACUUUGAUUCAUUUCAAUUCAAAGCUUUAUGAAUUAGAUGGUAGAAAGCUAGCACCUGUAGUUCAUGGCCCUACUUCAAAUGAAACAUUUUUGAAAGAUGCUGCACGUGUCUGUAAGGAAUAUAUGGAGAGAGGUCCGAUGGUGAUCAGCAGGACGAAUAGAAGGUCUCGAACGUUUGAACCUAGAAAUAUUCGUUUUACUGCUUUAGCAUUUGGUGCAGUUUCUAUGUAAUUCAGGUAGUUUUAUACUCGUAACAAGGCAAAUAUGUUAAAUAUUUCAUAUCUUUAAUUUUGAAGAUUUUAUAAUUUCUGGAUUGUAAAAUGAAGAAUUAUUCAGUUGCAUUUAUGCAACUUAUUUCUUACAUUUAUGUGGGUCUGAUGUACAUUAGCUGUAACAUGAUGACUCAAAUGACAUUUUUUGUUGUUGUUGUGUAUAGAAUUCUUGGAAUAUUGGAUCAAUUAUUGUCAUUUUAACAUUAUUAAAAAUUACAAAGUCCAUCUCAAAAUAACUUUAUAUAGUCUUGAAAUAGGCUGUUAUUCUGACUAAACUAAAAUUAAAUCUGAAUUUUUUUUAAAUGAAUGAUAAUAAUGCUUAUAAAUUCAGUAAUUUUUCUUGAAACACUGCUUAAUAAAUAAGUCAAUAAAUCCACUAUAAUUAAUGAUUAUAAUAUUUUCUACAUUGGUAGAUUUUAUUUGUAGAUUGGUUAAUUUAGAUUAAUACCUUGUUUUGUAGUUUAAUAAUCUCAAACUUUAGAUUCUGAUAAUAAUUUAUUAGCUAAGAUGUAAUAAGUUUCUGUAUUGAAACAAUUUUAGAUGAUUUGACAUGUGAUGAUCAAUAUUUUGUAUAUAUCAUGCUAAUUAUGUAUCUCUGUCAUGAUUCAAACCCAUUCUGAUUUUCUACUAAUGAUGAUAAGAUUGCCACACAGUUUGUCUUAGUAAUAAAUUCCUGCAUACUUCCUAUAUGUUGUAAAUGCUACAGAAUAAAAUUCAAAACUUGAGCAAUAGUUUAUUGUUUGCAUUGCAUCAAGUUCGCAGGCAUCUGCACAUAAUAAUUUUCUUUUCAAAUUUUUCACUGCAUUCAUAUAUUUAAAUCAGACUGUAAGAGGGGCUGUAUUAGUGUAGUGCCGUAUUACUGAGAAAAUGAUAUGUAAACUAAUGAAUGAGAAACAUCAUGCACAACGCCUUCAAAUUGUAUUAAAUUGAAUUAGGCAUUAGCAUUGUAAAUAAACAUUGUAAAUCAUUUAUGAACAUUGUAAAUAAACCAUUUGUCAUGUGUUGCUAUUGAGUAAGACUUCUUUUCUUAAUUUUUUUAUAUUUUUAUCUCCCACUAUUUUGAAAGAAAGUAUGUUUUCUACUUCAAUAUGAUGUCUAUUUAGCUCAGUUUAAUAAAAAUUGUUGUUUGGACCAAUCUGAUCUCUUAAGAUAUUUCUAAAAUUUAUCAAAAUAGAAUAUCAGAUUUAAUAUUUAUAAUUUUAUUUGUUUUUUUUAUUGUAAAUUUUGCUCAUUAUUAUGUAGAAUUUAAUAUACUGAAAUGAAUUUUAUUUCUUUCAUCUUUUUUCAAAGGAUUAUUAUGAUCAAAACAUUUGCUAUAUUUUAUAUAUAGUCUAAACUUAAUGCAUGCAUCUUAAAUUUUAUGCACAUACCUCAAAUAAAAUUAGAAAGAAAAAAAUUAUCCUAUAUGUAGUAAAUGUUGCAGAAUAAAAUUCAAAACUUGAGCAAUAGUGUAUUCUUUGUAUUGCAUCAAGUUCACAGGCAUCUGCACAUAAUAAUUUUCUUUUCAAAUUUUUCACUGCAUUCAUAUAUUCAAAUCAGACUGUAAGAGGGGCUGUAUUAGUGUAGUAUCAUAUUACUGAGAAUUUUCUGUGGUGUCAAGUAGUAGUGUGGUGUAGUAGAUACCUUAAGUAGUUAUCUGAAUGUUUGAAAAAUCAGAUUAUCAAAAUUAGUGUAGUAUCAUAUUACUGAGAAUUUUCUGUGGUGUCAAGUAGUAGUAUGGUGUAGUAGAUGCCUUCAAGUAGUUACCUGAAUUUUUGAAAAUUCAAUUAUUGUAUAUUAAAAAUUAUAAUUAUUGAUUUUUAUAGAAACAUAAUUGAUUUCCAUAGAUAUAUAUUUUAUUGUAUGAUAAAUAAAUUAUUUCUAGUUACUCAUUAUUUCUUGAGAAUUAAUUAUUCUUUUAUUUUCAGAUAAAAAUUCAAAUUUUAUUUAACAAAUAUUUUUUUCAAUUAUAAAAAAUGUUUUACAGUAACUGAUAUUUAGAAUAUAAA